AUGUCUUUAAUUAUAGGUAUAGUGGGGUUGCCCAAUGUGGGCAAAUCUUCUCUUUUUAAUGCUCUAACCAAGAGCGACGCCGUAGUGGACAAUAGGCCCUUUUCCACUAUUAAUCCUAAUUUGGGGGUGGUUAAGUUGAUGGAUGAUCGGAUUGAUUCCCUUGCUAAAUUGGUUAACCCUAAGACAGUUACCCACGCAACCGUUAAAUUUUUGGACAUAGCUGGGUUGGUUAAGGGGGCUUCUCAAGGGGCAGGAUUGGGAAAUAAAUUUCUGGAGAAUAUUAGGGGAGUAGAUGAGAUAUGUUUGGUGGUUAGGGCUUUUAGGAAUGAUAAUUUGAUAAGUGUUCUUGAGGGCACUAAUACGGAUCCCAUAUUUGAGGCCGAGAUAGUGCUAUGUGAGUUGAUUUAUGCGGAUCUGGAUAUGGUUAAUAAUGUCAUGAAGAAGCUUAAGAGUAAUGAUCCUAAGAUGGAGUUGUUGUCGAGGUUAAAAGUGCAUUUGGAGGAAAAUAAUCCGGUGGUGAAUUUUUUCUUUGCAGAUGGGGAAAGGGAAAUGCUGAAGAUAUAUUCAUUCCUUACGGAUAAGCCUAUGGUUCUUGUGGCAAAUACCGAUGAUAGUGAUGAUUCUAAGAAGUUAUUGAAGCAUGUGGAAGAGUAUGCCAAGAAGUUGGGAGUUAGUUACAUUGAUGUAAACAUUAAGCUGGAGGGGGAGAUUGAUCAACUUCCCGAAAAGGAUAUGAAGGAGCUUUUGGAGGCUAUGGGUCGGGACGGGACUUGUUUGAAUAAUCUUGUGAGACUCACUUUUGGGAAAUUGAAGUUGGGUACGUUUUUUACUGUGGGCGAGAAGGAGGUUAGGGCGUGA